CACACGGCCCCGCCCCUCAAGCAUAUAGCUCCACCCCUCCAGCACACGGCCCCGCCCCUCAAGCAUAUAGCUCCACCCCUCCAGCACACGGUCCCGCCCCUCAAGCAUAUAGCUCCACCCCUCCAGCACAAGGCCCCGCCCCUCAAGCAUAUAGCUCCACCCCUCCAUCACAAGGUCCCGCCCCUCAAGCAUAUAGCUCCACCCCUCCAUCACAAGGUCCCGCCCCUCAAGCAUAUAGCUCCACCCCUCCAGCACAAGGCCCCGCCCCUCAAGCAUAUAGCUCCACCCCUCCAGCACAAGGCCCCGCCCCUCAAGCAUAUAGCUCCACCCCUCCAGCACAAGGCCCCGCCCCUCAAGCAUAUAGCUCCACCCCUCCAGCACAAGGCCCCGCCCCUCAAGCAUAUAGCUCCACCCCUCCAGCACAAGGCCCCGCCCCUCAAGCAUAUAGCUCCACCCCUCCAGCACACGGCCCCGCCCCUCAAGCAUAUAGCUCCACCCCUCCAGCACAAGGCCCCGCCCCUCAAGCAUAUAGCUCCACCCCUCCAGCACAAGGCCCCGCCCCUCAAGCAUAUAGCUCCACCCCUCCAGCACACGGCCCCGCCCCCUCAAGCAUAUAGCUCCACCCCUCCAGCACACGGCCCCGCCCCUCAAGCAUAUAGCUCCACCCCUCCAGCACAAGGCCCCGCCCCUCAAGCAUAUAGCUCCACCCCUCCAGCACAAGGCCCCGCCCCUCAAGCAUAUAGCUCCACCCCUCCAUCACAAGGUCCCGCCCCUCAAGCAUAUAGCUCCACCCCUCCAGCACACGGCCCCGCCCCUCAAGCAUAUAGCUCCACCCCUCCAGCACACGGCCCCGCCCCUCAAGCAUAUAGCUCCACCCCUCCAUCACAAGGUCCCGCCCUCAAGCAUAUAGCUCCACCCCUCCAGCACACGGCCCCGCCCCUCAAGCAUAUAGCUCCACCCCUCCAUCACAAGGCCCCGCCCCUCAAGCAUAUAGCUCCACCCCUCCAUCACAAGGCCCCGCCCCUCAAGCAUAUAGCUCCACCCCUCCAUCACAAGGCCCCGCCCCUCAAGCAUAUAGCUCCACCCCUCCAGCAUAUAGCUCCACCCCUCCAGCACACGGCCCCGCCCCUCAAGCAUAUAGCUCCACCCCUCCAGCACACGGCCCCGCCCCUGAAGCAUAUAGCUCCACCCCUCCAGCACACGGCCCCGCCCCUGAAGCAUAUAGCUCCACCCCUCCAGCACACGGCCCCGCCCCUCAAGCAUAUAGCUCCACCUUACCCCGCCAGGAGUCAUCACUCCCUCACCAUAAACCACCACGCUGUGUGA